AUGGCCUCGCCCGACCUCGGCACCUCGGCCACUAGGGAGCAUGCAGAUGCUCCCACGUGUAGAAGGAAGGGUUGCCAGAUGGGCGUUGCCGACUACGACCCGAACCUCAUCAUCGCGUACAAGUGCGAUCUCUGCGGGAAGAGCAACACCAUCUCCUGGCGAUGCGAGGCCUGCGACCACGACAUCUGCUUCGAGUGCCAUCCUGGGCCGAUGACCCACGAUCAGGCGGACGCGCCCCGCCUCAAGCGGCGCAAGAGGGAGCUCGUGGAAGCGGCGGCCUCGGCCGGGGCCGAGGAGGAGCAGGCGGCCGAGGAGGAGCAGAUCCAGGUGCCCUCGUCGGACACGACACCGCCGCCCAGGACGUCCAAGGAAGAGGCCUCCACCACGCCGCCGACCACCGCGCACCUCGGCCGCGUGGAGGUGGAGGACUCGCCCAGGCGGCUGCAGGGCGCCCCGCGCAUAGCGAGCCGACGGCCCCCCGACGACGCCCCGGGUCGGAGGGCGCUGCUGCCCUGGGGCGCCCUCGACAUCUACGUGGGCCCCAUGGCGCAGUACCAGCCGGCUUGGGGACCCGCGCCCGCCGCGGGCGGCGGGGCGCUGCUGGAGGUGCUUGCCAUGCCGCUGCACCUGGCCACCGAGGAGCUGAGGAAGACCAGCGAGGGGAUCUUGCACGCCGCGUGGCGCGACGACGACGUGUCGAAGCAGACCAUCAGCAGCCACCUGGGCCUCCAGCUGAACGGCAUGCGCCUCCGGAACGGCAAGCAGACCUCCCGCUGCUCCAGCGUGGCCCGGGGGGGCAGGGUCGACAAGUGGCUCGUCUGGGAGCGGACGGCGGGCGCACCGGCGCCCUCGGCCUCCAGCGGCAGGAUGGUCGGCGCGCUGCUCCUCCGGCGACAGGUGCCCAAGGACCACCGGAGCAAGGGGGCCAUCAGCAUCGACUACGUGUCCGCGCAGCGUAGCGCUGGCGGGAAGGGCUGGCCGAUGGUGCAGGCCGCGGAGGCCAUUUGCCGCGGCGAGGGAUUUCGAGAUCUGUGGAGUGCGGCGGACUUGUCGCAGGACGGCGGCGCCAACUGGGACGGCAAGCGGGACGGGUCGGCGUUGGCGGCGCACAGGCGCUGGGGGUUCUCGGCCAGCAGCGCCGCGGAAUGGAAGGCCACCGGCCUCGAGCUCUACGACGAGCAGAGGUGCCGCGUCGCCUACAUGCGGAAGGCGCUGCACCCAUGGGCCGAUGCUCCCGCCGCGCUGGGCUGCGAGCAGCCGCGGGCGCGAGCGGCCGCGGCGCCGUCGGACCCCGCGGCCGGCUCCAGGCAGGUGCCGCCCCGGGUGGCUGGCGCCGUCGCCGCCGCCUCCCCGGGCGCCCCCCCCGCGGCGCCCUCGCCAGCGGGGGUGGCGUCGCCGCGGGCGCCCUCCACGGCGGGCGUGUCGCCGCGCUCAGCCACGGGGGUGGCCACGCCGCUGGCGCCCGCGGUUGGCGUGGCGUCCCCCCGCGCCGCCGGCGGGCUGGCCACGCCCUUCGGGGCCGCAGGGCCGGCGGCGCCGGGGCAGGCACGCUCUCCAGCCACGGCGCUGCUCUCGUCGGCGGCUCGGGCGGCGACGGCGGGCUCCCCCGCCGCCAGGGUGCCACCCCUGGCUUCGGGGGGGGAGGCUGGCGGCCAGCCACGGGCCGAGCCCUACGAGGAGAGGCUGCAGAAGGAGAUCGAGCGGUGCCGCAAGCUGCAGGAGAUCGACCAGUUCCUGGAGGAGCUGCAGCACCAGGAGCAGGCGCAGCACGAGCAGGCACUGGCGGCGGGGCCGGCGCGAGCGCCCAGCCAGCGGGAGGGCACCCUCCAAAACUUGCGCGCCUUGCUCGGCGUGAGGCGCCCCUAG